AUGCCUGAAUCAGAGCUGUUCCCCGUUAUCUGCACUGCAGAUAUCCCCACCCCCUCGUUGAUGCAAAAUAAAGGAAAGGCUGUGGAAACAUUCCUGAAUGAUACCUACACUGGCAGCGAGCAGCUGGUCCCAGACACCCCUCCGAGCCUCGUGAUCCUUACCAUCACCAUCACCAGCGACAAAGGUAGCGACGCUCUCUCUUCCAGCGCAUCGCAACCACCAUUACAGCCCUUCACCUCGCCAUUCCUUGGUCAGUCUGUUGAAGACGCCGCUCAACACCCUGUUUUUCAUAACGCCAGCUUCUUCGCUGUCCUGGACGAGCGCUCCGCCCGUGACAGUACCGCGCUGCUAACGGCUCGCGACCCGAAUGGCAGCGUCCGCACGGUUCGUGUCACAUUUUCAGAAGUCCAGAGGACGCUCAUCUAG